AGCUAAUAGCACAAACCGUGCCCUGAGCAUCCUAAGAGAGAAACAGAGAGCUUCUGAGAUGGCCUCCACCAGCUCCAAGCAGCUUCAGGCUCCUACCCUCCUCUUGGUGGCAGUUCUGCUCUUCCUCGUCUGCGCUACAAGGGUCCAAGCAGCAAGGCCGGAACCGAGAGCGAAGGACCACAUGCCACAGGCCGAGCUGGCUGUCUCCGCCGCCACUGUAGUUGGUGACGAGAAGAGUUGCUCGGGGCCCGGUAUGGAAAUGCAUGAAGCAGAGCCUGAGGCGAUGGAGUGCGAGGGGGAGGAAGAAGGUGAGGAGUGUCUCAUGAGGAGGACACUGGUCGCUCACACCGAUUACAUCUACACCCAGGGGAAGCACAACUAAUUACUGAUGUGCUGGCUCAUGCCGAACAAGCUAGAACAAUGAAGUUCAAAGAAGAAAAAAGUUCGCAUGGUUCACGAGCUAGCCAACCUGAAGUUCUGCAGUGUCCUGUCUAGCUGUGGAUUAUCUUCAUAUAUACCUAGUCAUCUCUCACCCGUGUGAUUUUCCAUUCGCUUCUCGAGCUCAUCAUGUACCUGUACGUCCUGGAACUUUAAUCCGCCGUCUUGGCUUGAGAUGCUAAAUGGAAAUUCUAGACUGUUGUGCUCACUGUAAAUAUUGAAUCUGUACGUGUAGUCCUGUGCUUCAUCGGUUAUAAGAAAGUCUAGUCGUUUAUAUUGUC